UCCAUUUCCAUGUCCCUAGGGUUUUCUUUUCUUCCAAACAGGUUUUUUCGCUCCUCGGUCCAAACACAGCAGCAGCCGAUCGAAAAUGCCGUCGCACAAGACUUUCAUAAUAAAGAAGAAGCUCGCCAAGAAGAUGAGGCAAAACAGGCCCAUCCCUCACUGGAUUCGGAUGCGCACCGACAACACCAUCAGGUAUAAUGCAAAGCGCAGGCACUGGCGUCGUACAAAGCUCGGAUUCUGAGGUUCUCGAGGUUCUCGGUUGCUGUUUUGUGUCUCUUACCUUGUUUUUUGAACUAAUUUAGGUUGUUUAGUUUGCUGUUGAAGACAAUGAUGAUACAGAGCUUAUGGUUUUGUGUUUAAAUUAAGUAUUGUAGUUUCUGUAAGGAACUCAUGUAAGUUCUUUUUAAAGAGCUUUUCUUUUGCAUUCAAGUUUUGUUUCAGUUAUUUGAAAUCAUGGGUUAGUCUUUGUUUA